UCGUAUGUGAGGAAGGUUGAUUUGCAGUGUAUACUGUGAUUUGUUUGUGCGUAAUGUACUGAAUUACAUAUGUCUUGGCUUUUAUAGUGCCAGUUUACCCUCUUGUCUCUCGACGUUAAUGUAAGUGAGGUCAUGAUUAGGUAAUUGCUCCAUAAAUGAGAGUCUCUUUUUAUAUUGAUUACAAGUGUCUGCUUUAGCAGUACGACGGAAAGCUAGGAAGUACAUCAAGAAAUUGUCGAUGUGAACUUUGCAUAAAUUCAUAGCAUCCAGUCAGAAAUAACCUCCCUUGCAUACAUAGUAUUCUCAUGAGAUACCAGCAAUGUGAUGAUUGUUUGCUCAGUUCAGUACUAGUGUCACCUCAGCGGGAUGCUGCUAGAAGGGGAAGAGGUGGUGAAGGAGGACAUGGCAGAAUCAAGCCAAGAAACAACAGGCACUGGUGUCAUCGGAAGUGAUAAUAUUGGCGAAGCUUUUGAGAGUGGACCUUCUGCUACUGGAAUGACCCCUGACAUUGAUUCGGUGCCUCAUGAACUCAAUCCUGGUGCACUGUUGGAUGCUGCUGACCGCAAUUCAACGGGACAAGUUGCGGAAGCGAUCAGAGCGACAGGCUCUGAUAUUGAUACAACAGCAUCCUCCUCUGCUGCAUCAGGAAGUGACAGCGUGAAGUCUGGGAGUGCAACUGGCACAGUGUUACCUUGGGGUGCUCACAAAGAACGGUACCCAUAUCCAGCCUGUAUCCACAUAGACAUGGAUAUCAGACCUGGAGAGUUUGUUAUGCGUACUCUGUUUGCUGACUUCACUGUACAGGCAGAAAAGAAAAUGGAAGCUCUGAUGGCUGAACCUCUGGAGAGGCCAUUGUCAAAAGUUCUGCAGAGGGGAGAAGAUCCGCAGUUUGAUCAGCUGUUAAGCUCGUUUGGCUCAGUAGCUGAACACUGUCUGCCGUCCAUCCUUCGUGCAUUAUUUGCAUGGUAUGAAAGGCAGAUGGUGGAUGGAGGUACCACUGAACAGAAGAAAGUUGAUUUGAAAGGAAAAAGCACAGAAAAUGUGGAACGCAGUGAAGCAGAUACUCUUCAGGAACGACGGGAUUUAGCAGUGGAAUUCAUCUUCUGCCUUGUCUUGAUAGAAAUUUUACGUCAGUUGUCUUUUCAUCCUGGACAAGAUGAUCUCGUUACCUACGUAGAAAACCUGGCAUUCAAGCAUUUUAAAUACAGAGAAGGAAUUCAGAGUGGACCAAAUGCAGCAAACAUACAUAUUAUAGCUGACUUAUAUGCAGAAGUUAUUGGAACUCUCGCCCAGUCCCGAUUUAUGUCUGUUCGCAAGAGAUUCAUGGCCGAGCUGAAAGAACUGAAGGGCAAGGAACCAAGUCCAAACACAACACAGAGCAUCAUAUCACUUCUCAUGGGUAUGAAGUUUUUCCGAGUAAAGAUGGUACCUAUUGAAGAAUUUGAAGCAUCAUUUCAAUUUAUGCAAGAGUGUGCCCAGUACUUCCUUGAAGUCAAGGAUAAGGAUGUGAAACAUGCUCUGGCUGGUCUGUUUGUUGAAAUUCUAGUCCCUGUUGCAGCUACUGUGAAAAAUGAAGUGAAUGUUCCAUGUCUGAAGAACUUUGUAGAGAUGUUAUAUUCACAGACUCUUGAUAUGUGCACUAAGUCGAAACACAGACUUGCUCUGUUUCCUCUAGUGACUUGUCUUCUGUGUGUCAGUCAGAAGAUAUUCUUCCUGCAGAACUGGCAUUACUUCCUGGCAAUGUGUCUCUCACAUCUCAAGAACAGAGAUCCCAAGAUGUGUCGGGUUGCUCUAGAAUCACUAUACCGCUUGCUGUGGGUGUACAUGAUUCGAAUAAAGUGUGAAAGUAAUUCUGCAACUCAGUCACGUUUACAGAGCAUUGUCAACUCCUUGUUCCCAAAGGGCUCUAAGGCUGUCGUUCCAAGAGACACUCCACUCAAUAUAUUUGUCAAAAUCAUACAGUUCAUCGCUCAGGAACGUUUGGAUUUUGCAAUGCGUGAAAUAGUGUUUGACUUGCUGUCAGUUGGGCGGCCCAUUAAGAUCAUUCUCACGCCCGAGAGAAUGAGCAUUGGACUUCGAGCAUUCCUCGUAGUGGCGGACAGUUUGCAACAGAAGGAAGGCGAGCCACCCAUGCCUCGUACAAUGGGGGUCCUUCCUUCAGGCAACACCCUCCGAGUUAAGAAAACAUUCUUAAACAAGAUGUUGACUGAAGACACAGCUCGCAGUAUUGGGAUGUCAUCCUACUUUCCUCAUGUCAGACGGGUGUUUGUAGAUAUCCUCAGAGCAUUGGAUAUGCACUAUGGGCGCCCACUUAUGAUGACCAGUACACAGAAUGUUAAUAAGGAACCCGAUGAAAUGUUGACUGGUGAACGAAAGCCACGCAUAGAUCUUUUUAGAACGUGUGUUGCAGCUGUUCCUCGAGUCAUACCGGAUGGGAUGACUGGUGCUGAACUAGUCGAUCUUUUGGCAAGAUUAACAGUUCACAUGGAUGAAGAAUUAAGAGGGUUGGCAUAUCAGAGCUUACAAACAUUAGUUAUGGAUUUUCCAGAUUGGAGGCAGGAUGUUAUAUAUGGAUUUACACAAUUUCUUGCUCGAGAUGUUCAAGAUACAUUCCCGCAGUUGGUGGACAAUGGGUUACGUAUGUUGCUGCAGUUACUUACGAGCUGGAAGAAUGCUUUAACUCCAAAUUCGUUACGUGGAUCAAAAGAUGCACCAGGAGCUGAUGGAGCCCGUGGAGGGAAUCGAGAUACGCAAGCAGCUAGAAAGACUGAACAUGUACAAAAAAUGGAACCUGUCUCAAAUGUCUUCCAUCUUGUGGAAGGAUUUGCCCUUGUUAUGUUGUGUAAUUGUCGUCUGUACCCACGCCGUUUGUCCGUCCAUAUUUUGCGGGAGGUGAAGACAUUGAUCAGAAGCUUGGGAUGCUCUGUAGAUGAUCAGCCAGUUAUUGAUGUAAUAGACCGCUGCUGUCCGCAAGUCAUGGAAAAAUGUCUGGGAAUGCUUCCACCUGCUGAAAAGGCUGCUGCACUUUCCGUCUCCAAUAUAGACCUGCAGUGGAUCGCAGACCGCAGCUCAUGUGUGUGGACUGCAGGUUUCCAGGAUGAAAACAGCACCAAAAGUUCUUCAUCUUUAAAUCUGAAUGGCGUUGAUCCUUGGAGUACCUGUUUGUUUGGAUUUCUGGAAAGAGGUCGUGUUCUUACCCUCUGUCCAUCUGCUGUUAUGCAUUCCUGGCCAGUUGUGUAUGGCAGAAUAAAUACUCUCUUUACAGUUGUUGACCCAACGCCUGUGAAUGAUAACAGAGCUUCUUUACUGAGGGGUUCAGCUACUGUAAGGAAACCAGUUAAUGAAAGGGAUAUUUACAUGCAUGUAUGGAAGAAUUACGUGACAUUUGCAUUCCGAGUUGUGCCUCCUGUUCCAAGCCCUGUGGUAAGAUGUGCAUCUCCGGAUCUUAGUCUGAGCUCAUCUCCAGACAGUCUGUCAACUGAGCGCAAUGACAACAAGUCCCCUGGAGGCAAUGUGUCGCCAACAGGACUGUACAAGUUGGUAGUUCCUCUGUUGCGCUGUGAAACUGUUGAUGUGAGGGAUGCUGCGGUACAUGCUCUUGGCAAAGUGAACUCGGAGGCUCUUAAGGAUCUGAUGGAGGAACUGGUGAUAUAUAUCCGUGAAGCUGUUGACAGAAAGCAAGAAAAUAUGAGACGUAGGCGACGACGUGAUGCCUUGAGACUGCAGUUAGUCAGAGUUUUUGAACUUGUGGCAGAGUAUGGCACAUUUGGUAUCAGCCCUUGUGUCUUGGAUAGAGAUACGCAGUCUCUUCAUCCAACAUUUGUUGAGUAUAUUGAUGGUGCUCGUUUGUACCUCGAGAAUGAAGCAGACAAAGAGGUUUCAGCUAUAAGGGACAUCAAAUUGCACUUCUGCAACUUUAUUCGCAAGAUGAUCAAGAGUUUUUCAUUGGAAACUUGUGUCACACUCUUGAAGAGAGAUGUGCGUCGCAACCUGUUCACUGUGUUUGCUGGAUGGAGUGGACGAUUUGGCCGGCCACUUGGUCACCCAAUAUCUGCUCUGGAAGCUGAUGAGCGGCCAUGCUCAGAACUUCAGCUAUCAGCUCUGCAGGCCAUGAGUGCUCUGCUCUGCUGUGGGCCAUGCUUCAAUCCACAGGGUUUGGCAGAGGAUGGAUUAUUCUAUCCUUGGCUUGAUAUGCUGUUGGCCUCGCAUGAUGAGAAGAUCUAUCAGUUGGCUCGAGAGACGGUAGUUCUUUUGCUUGAAUGUAACCCAGAUAUUGGCCCAAUGCUCGACUGGGUGGUUGACCGUUGUUACACUGGCACUGCGGAGGUGGCUGACGGCUGCUUCCUUGCUUUGGCAACAAUCUUCAGUGCAAGGGAAUAUCCAUGUGACCAUUACACUGCGGUGAUCAACGUGACGCUGAUGAAUACAGGUUGUCCAAGAACCUUAGUACAUGAAACUGCUCUUCAGCUACUUCAGGUGUUAGAUAAGCGGUUCUUUGGAGCAGUAGGUCCGUUGCCAGCGGAAGGAGACAUUGGUGGUGACAAGGGCAGAGGAACACUUGAUCUUCUAUUGUCCACGACGUACUGUCGAUCUCAGAUGUACUUAUCUCGACAGUUAGCUCAGCUGCAUCCGGAAUUAACGAUGCCAAUGUUUUCUGAAAUCACGCACCGCUUUCAAACGGCGCGCCCGGAAGUACGACAGCUCCUGCUACAGUACUUGUUGCCUUGGCUACACAACAUGGAACUUGUGGACCCGAACGUUCCACCUGCGAAUCCAUUGUCUUAUUUCCAGUAUUAUGCAGCGGAGUUAAGUCGACCUGGUAGUAGAAGGGAGGGCUGGGGAUCUGCAGAAGCCACUGAAAUGGUCCUCAAUAACCUUUUCUACAUCACAGCCAAGUUUGCAGAUGAACACCCGAAAGAAACAGAAGAGUUAUGGGCCACUUUAUGUUCCUGCUGGCCAAAUAACCUCAAAGUUAUCAUUCGGUAUCUUCUCAUAAUCUCGGGCAUGGCGCCUCAAGAACUUCUCCCUUAUGCAAAGCGCGUGGUAUUGUAUCUCGCCCGUGCCAGAUCAGAUCGCUUGCUGGACGAGAUGAUGACCGAGUUGCAGACAGUAGAAACCCUCAACUGUCUCAUAGAACGCACGGAGACGCCCCCGUUCUACAGACUGACAAGCAUGAGGAAAGCUUCCAGCCAUUCCGAUGGACCAGGUGGGGUAGCAGGCCAAGCUGACCCUGCCAAUCGCAGUGACUUGGGAGUAGAGAAGGGCACCAUUCACACCAAAAGACACAGUGGAGAGGAUCCAGGAAAAACAGGAACAUCCAAGUCAGAUUCUGCUCUGCGAGCUCUAGCCGGAAGUUUUGCACCACCACGUACUGAAAAGACUCGCACUGCCAGUGGACCACCAAUGUUAUCAGAUGACAUGUCUACCCCUACCACUGAGCCAGAGCUCCCACCUGCUGAAGAAGGUUAUUGUCUACGUACAAGCACUGUGGACAAAUUUGACAUCCCUCAGCCGCAUCCUCUUCCCAUGCCUGAAUAUGGCGGUUAUUUUGCUCCACUUACUGAAUACUUGCCGGACAGCUCACAGCCAAUAAGUGGCUUUCAUAGGUGCAAUGUUGCAGUGAUGCUUCUGACAGAUGUAGUGGUGGAUGGUGUUGAAGUGGACUGGUCUAUUCAUGUCCCUCUAAUGCUCCAUAUCUUGUUCCUGGGACUCGAUCACAACCGCCCUCUGGUUCAUGAGCACUGCAAACAGUUGCUCUUGAACCUCUUGCUGGUGCUAGCAGAUCAUAAUGAUCAUCUUACUGUAGCACACAUUCUGCUCAAUUGCAAGACGUCUCAGCUGGGUCUGGGCCUUACCACGCCUUCUUUGCCUGUCCUGUCACAUGUGUUCACUGAACCCAACCCUGAGUUUGACAGUUACUUGCAAGGACCUGUACCAACUGCAGUGGCUACCACAGUUGUAACGCUGCAAGCAAAUCCUUUGCCUGUCAUUCCUGUAACAUCUGGUGUAGAUGGGAAUGUUGUUGCUGUAGCUGCACCUCCUGUCAUCAUAACACCAGAAGAUAGCACGACAUGGACAGGACCACAACCUGGGCCCAAUAUGCCAAUUCAGGAUGUGAUAAAAUCUCUUAUCUUGUUCCUUGCCUCCAGGCUGAAUCAGCCUCUUUGGAACUAUGAAGAUAUAACAGCCAAGGUCUGGUCAGUGAGGAGUGUAGAACAGCUUGAUACUUUCCUUCAGCAUGUGCUUAGGGUAUUCCGAGACUCUUUGCCCCAUGCUCUCAUCAGUGAACGUUGGGCUCAGACUGCUCUCCAGCUUGGACUGUCCUGUUCUUCUCGCCAUUAUGCUGGGCGCUCCCUGCAGGUAUUUCGAGCCCUUCGUGUGCCCAUAACAUCACGGAUGUUGUCAGAUAUAUUGUCUAGAUUAGUAGAAACAGUAGCAGAGCAAGGCGAGGAUAUGCAGGGUUAUGUCACAGAACUUCUGCUGACAUUGGAAGCUGCUGUAGACUCUCUGGAGUCUGACUUCCGUCCAUUAGACUUCAUGAAGGAGAUCUUUAAAUCCACACCUAAUCUCAACAAUAAGGAGCCAGUAGGAGCUGCUGCAGUUGUGGGUGGUAAACGCAGUCCUGGCUGUGGUGUGGGGUAUGUGUGCAGUGCAGGACCCUUAGCCCAACACCUUGGUCAGGCUGGACAUACGCGUAGUACCAGCUACUCAGUGUCAUACUGCAUGCGUAAAGCUUCUGGAUCACCCGCUACUGAUAACAAAGAUAUCCGUGGCCGCACUUCAUCAGAAUUAGAAGCCCGCUCAGGUUGCAGCCUCAAUAAAUAUUCUACAAAUCUCUCCCGUUCACGAUCAGCACAGUCAUUAAAACUGCUGGGUGACUCAGCUACACAGGAUGACAAGAUGACUAUCUUAGCCCAGCUGUUCUGGUUGUCAGUUUCUCUACUUGAAUCAGACUAUGAACAUGAAUUUUUGCUGGCAUUGAGAUUAUUAAGUCGGGUCUUGCAUCGGCUACCACUGGAUCGUCCAGAUGCUCGUGACAAAGUAGAGAAACUGCAGGCCCAAUUGAAGUGGACAGCAUUUCCAGGAGUUCAUGCUUUGCUUCUGAAGGGCUGCACCAGUCCUAACACAUAUGAACCAGUUGUAACAUUGCUCUCCCAGUUCACUCCACUGCUGGACCUACCUGUGGUGGAUCCUAGUCAAAGCUUAGCAUUUCCAAUGAAUGUUGUAGCGUUACUUCCUUAUAUGUUGCUCAACUAUGAAGAUGCCAAUGAACUUUGUAUUCGUAGUGCAGAGAAUAUCGCUCAGGCAAGCACUGAGAAAAGUAAGAAACUGGAGAACUUGGGAACAGUGAUGACACUAUAUAGUCGUCGUACAUUCAGCAAAGAGAGUUUCCAGUGGACGAAAUGUGUCGUUAAGUACCUGUAUGAUACUUAUGCACAUCUGAGUCUCAACAUGCUGGCCUUCCUAGUUGAGGUUUUGGAGAAAGGACCAACAGCAGUUCAACUUCCUGUUCUCAGUAUUAUCCACUGCAUGUUGCAUUAUGUGGACCUAGCAUCAGCAGCUUCUCAGCCAAUCAACGCAGAUUUGCUACGAGUUAUAGCCAAAUAUAUUGAGGGUGCUCACUAUAAAGAAGCACUGAAGAUAUUAAAAUUGGUAGUGACACGAUCAUCUACAUUGGUUGCUCCUCCGACCUCUCUCCAUGCCCCUCACUGGGAGACAUCUGCUACCUCACCACACCCCUCAUUCACAGACAGUGAAAUAUUUACUAAGAAAGAAUUGCCAGGCCGAACAAUGGAUUUUACAUUUGAUCUCUCUCAAACACCGGUGAUUGGACGUCGGUUCCUAGUAAAAGCAGAUGAGAAGGGACCUAGUGGUGGAUCAGCAGCCUCUCCUAGACGAUCCCUAUCUUUAUCACCUGCAGACAAUGCCAGUAUUGCUGGCUGGAAGCGACCCUGGAUGUCACAGGGUCGUGUACGUGAGUGUUUGGUGAAUCUCCUUACAACAUGUGGGCAGAGAGUAGGUCUGCCCAAGAGUCCAUCCGUGAUCUUCAGCCAAAGUUCAGAUCUGAUGGAACGCCAGUCAAGUAUGGCAUCAUCAACAGAAGAAGUAUCAGGCCCAAUGAAUGAUCUCUCUGGUGGGUCUCGGCGUGAUGAGGGUGCAACUGAGCAGUUUGGUGUAUUCAAGGACUUUGACUUCCUUGAAUAUGAGAGUGAAAGUGUCGAGGGUGAGAGUACAGACAAUUUCAACUGGGGUGUGAGGCGGAGACCUUUGAGUGAUGGAGAAACAGAAAGGGAACCAAGUCUUCGCCAACUGGAAGAAAGUCUGAGUGAGAAAACACCUGUUUUAGGAAAGAGAAAGCCACGAGGUGUGGCUGAGGAAUCUUCAGAUGAUGAAGUAGGUUCUGAAUCUCCAUUGGAUGAAGUGGCUGUUGCCCCAGAGUUUGGUGGCAGUUCUGCAGCAGGAAGUGGAGUUUAUCCACCAUCUUCACUCAGUUUGCAUGAACAUCGGACUCGCCAUGACUCAGGGACACGCUCAGAUACAUCUGGUUCAAGUACUGGUGACCUGGGAGAUGUAACUCCAUGCAAUGCAUCUCCAAAUCUCUCGGCUCUCAUGGCUUUCCGACCAAUUGCACGAGAUGAUACUGAGGAAAUGUGGAGACUUCAAAUUCAGUCCCUUCUCAACCAGAUUCCAGCUUCUCCUAUAGAACUGUUUCAGUUAUUGCAUCGGCUUAUUAAGGAUGUGAGCAGCAAAACUGUAUCCCUGACUCAAGAAGCUUCUCAGUAUCUCUCUGGAAGUGCAGCUGUAACAACUUCACAGGGGGCAGCACUGUUAGGAUCACGACUACUUGUUGUUACAGAACUGCUUUCAACUCAGACAGAGCCACCGCAUGUGUGGAUCAGCCCCAAUGUAGUCGCUAGUCCUCGUCUUACUGAGGCCCUCAGGUUUGGGAUGUUGGAGAUACAGGAACAUUGGGAGACUUACCUAGACAGGAAGGACCAUGUAGCAGAGUGUAUUGAUGCUGUGAAGACAACUGUGAAGCUAAACUUGCUUGGAGAGAAUCAGUCUGAGCUGGGCAAUGAGGAGCUGAUUCUAGAUCUGGGACGAGCUCUCUACAAGCUGCACUUCCAGUUAUUACUACUCAUUGAAGCUUCCAACAAGAUGGUGGCUGCUCUCACAGCAGUAGCUCAUAACAAUCAAUUGCAGGAUGUUUCUGCUGAGGUGGCAGCAGUGAAAGCUAGUUUGACCAGAGUAGUAGAGGAAGGAGCAGACUCUGAUCAUGGCACACCGACACCAACGCCCUCACCUGCUCCCACAUCUGUCACAGCUGGCUGUGAGGAGGCAGAGACAGCAUUGCUGGAACUGGUGCAGGCUGGGAAGUGGGCAGCAGCCCUCCAACAUGCUCGGCACAAUAGAGGAGCAUGGGGUAGUGAUGUUUCCCCAUGUGGUGUGGAGGAAGAUGACAUCACAGGGAUAUUAAAUGUGUUUUGUAAACACUUGGCACAUGACAAGUGUGAUGUAUUUGUGGUGACACGGACACAGCAAGACAUGGCUGAUGUGUUCACUCGACUGAUGGAGAGCUUGUUUCAAGUGCUGGGGGCUGUCAAUGCUCUGGACAGCCAGGUCAGAGACCAGCGGGAACAUAGCGAUUCUUCCCUGCGCAAGACUGAAUGUUGAGUAACUUUACUGUUUCAGAUGUCUUGAUAAUCAAGGAUUCUCAACCUUUUAUAACAGACAUUUUGUUUACAGUUGAUAUUCCCACUCAAAACUGUAUAUAGGAACUCUUUUUAAGGAAUAAGUUUUAUAAACAUUUACAUAUCAAGUAUAUUAUUAUUGAGUGAUAUAUUUAUUAAAGAUAAACCAGAUUAUUCCAUGUGUUCUUGAGAGAAAGGGAAAUAACUGCUAGCAGCGCAUUGCUAGCAUAGAGGGAAUGUGAGAUAAACAGAAAAUUUAGAUUGAUAAUACCCAAAAAUUUGUUUUGAAAAUAAUGGUAAUGCAAAUGAAUGUUUCAUAUUCAGUAGGACGUUUGCAUCUUAUCCAGUUGUCUCUUAAUUUUAAACAUAUUUUGUGGUAAAUCACAUGAACAUUUCUCGCUCUACAAGUUCUAACCCUAUAUUUAUAUCAUAUUAUAUAUUUAAAACUCAUCUGUGGGUAUCAAACUUUGCUGUCUUUUGUUUCUUGUUAUAGUUGAGUCAGUCUGGAUAUAUGGGUUGAGAAAACUUGUCGUUUUGGUCUAUUUAUUUUCAAAUUUUGUAAAAUAUAGUAGCAUUAACUAGCAGUGUCAUUAGAAUUUUAUUUACUAUUCUCACAUUAUAUAAAUGUUUGCUUCUGUACUGUUUAGUGAUAAUUGCUGUACAGAUUGUUCAGAAGUAGAUCUGCAGAGGUUGGCAUGUCAUGUGAGUGGUAAUCAAUAUUUGAAGAAUCUUGAGAUGUACUGAGGAGAAGGGAAGACAGGGAAAAUAGAGUGGGUAAGUGGAUUCACUGUAUAAGCUUUUCCAGGUCAGGUUGUGUACAUUUGUGUUGGGAUGGUGUGUGUAUCUCACAUUGCAGCAGACUGCUGUUCAGAUUAAAUCACACAUUUCCCCUAUGACACUUUUAAACUUCUAGUUCACUGUCUUUGUCAUCUGAUAAUGCUAAUUUUUCUGCAGCACACUGCAGUGUUUACGUACAAUUUAUUGUUGUUUCUGUAAGUUUGUUAUUUUGCAACACUGUAAUUAUUGUAUAGCAGGUAGCAGGGGUAUGAAAUAUUAAAAUUUCAACCAGUAAAUUAUUUUCUGUAACGUGUGAGAUCCAAACACCAUGCCAACACACAAAUAACCAAAAGGAUUAGACAGUGAUUUUUAAUGUGCUGUAAAUGACUCAAGUGUGGGAGGAAAAGCUGUGUAAUGGGAAAUCUGACCAUGAAAAGGUUGAUAAGCAUUAUAAGGUCUAUAUCUCAAGUGUAUUUAGCCCUAACACUUGUUAUCUUGGAUACAGUCAGCUGAUCAGAGUUUAAACACACAAUAUUAUGUGAUAUGUACAAACUCUGUCUAUUGGCAAUGAGCUGCCAUGAAGAGGUAACAUUUUUAGGCAUUCUCUGUAAUGUCCAGUAUAAACUUGACAUAAUGAUCAGCAUUAAGAAAUCACAGACCUAUGUCUUCUGACUGUCCAAUAACAUAUACUGUGGCAGGUUUAAGGGAAAAUAAAUUCAGCCUCUGCCCAAUGUCAUUGUUUUAACUCUUAUAACUUGCUUUCUUCAUAUUUUGCAUAAUGCAUACAUUUUCAAGUAAUAAGUCUCAACCUUUUUGAAACAUAAAGCACAUUUAUAAACCAGAAAUAUUACGGGAUUUUAUAUCACUGUGCCUCUUGAAGCUUUUACUUUUCAGGUCAUCCACUAAAUUUAACUCAAAGUGAUCUGUUUAUCUUAAUAUUCCCACCUCAUAUCUAGCCGAGAUUUAUACUUGCUUGCCUGUACCAUAUUUCAGGCAGUUAAAUGCUGGCUUCUCACUUUGGAGCCAGAGGUUAUUUCUUGGUGACUUCAUAUGAGAUUCUUGGUGACUGAAGUGACAUUGGAGCAGGUAUUUCUCUAAAGUCUUCAGUUUUUCCAUGAUAGUCAUUAUUCCACCAUUGUUCCCUCUUUAUCUGUCAUCAUCCCCAUGAGUUUUUUAACAGCUUGACCAGGCAGCACAUUGUCACAUCCUCAGUGUUAAAGUUUGGACUCCAUCUCUGACCUGGCACUUAGCUGGUUGCAGAGCAAGGAUGUUAAAUGUUUAUGCUUAUGUGUGUGCCUCAGUUCUUAGAGUUCGUGAACAAGGAGAAGCAGUGUUUUUGGAGGCUCAUAAAAAUACUAACUUGAUGUGCGUAACAGUUGAAGCUUUUCAGAAUGGUUUCUGAGUAGACCAUUCUUCUGGCACUGUAAGCUCUUUCCCUAGCUUCCCUUAACCUUUUGUAUCAGAAGCUGAAUAAAUACAGUAUUAUCAAAAUAAUAGUUUUAUGAUAUGUUAGUUCAGAAUAGACAUACUUGCAAGAUAUAUUUUCCACUUGUGUUUCAAAAUGCUCUGAAUAAAUUGUUCCUUAUAUGAAUGUUUUAAUGUCUGUUGCAGUCUGUAUUCUGUAUUCCAUAUUUAUCUGACAGAAAACACUUGUUUUUGUUCUGCAAGUUAAACAAAUUGUGAAAGUAAAUGCCAUAUAGUAGUAAAAGUUAUAUUGUCUGGUAAAUCAGAUGUGAAGUACAUGUUAUUGAGUGAAUAAUUCAGUGAUGUACAACUGUUGGCCCUCAUGGCAGAUAUGGUACACAGUUGUUUUAUUUACCUCUACUUCAUUUCUACAGAAGCAAACCAUUUGGUAAAUCUGAAAACCUAUUACAGCCCUUUGAAUCAUGAAGCUUGUAUAAAUAAUAUUUAAAAAUUCAGUCCUAAUCUCACAGAAAACACUGCAACUCCAUUACAGAGACUACUCAAUUAAUGCUGUUUAGGGAAAUAAUAAAUGUUUAUUCUGAAAGUCACGUGGAAUACAAAUAUACUUUGUGGGUAGAAUGCAGAGCUUCUUAAUGUUAAAGCAGGUGAUAAAUGUAGUAAGUAGCAACUGUGAUUUAAGGAUGUAAAUUUGCAAGUGAACUUACGAAGUGGUCUUUCGUCCAGUAAUAAUAUUCAUAAAUUACUUUUCACUAUACUGAAAAAUGGGGUGUCAUUGCUUACAAUCUGUGAACUUGACUUUAAAAAACUACAGAGUCUAGGUAAAUCUCAAAGUGAACAGCUUGAUAAAUGAAUCAGGAGAAAUUUACAAAGAUUUUGUGUUAGAAUACAAAUUUGUCGUCAAAA